UGCUCUGCUCACAGGGCAGCAUGGAGAGGCUCAUGUCCGACACGUACCCGGUUAAACUCCUGGAAGGGAUCGGCAGCCUUCGCUCUCAGAGUGCGCUCUGUGAUGUAACGCUGGAGGCAGAAGGGGUUUGCUUUCCAGCACACAAGAUCAUAUUAGCAUCGGCCAGCAAUUACUGCAAAAUCCUGUUUGCUGGAAACUUGACAAGCGCUGGAAGUCCCGAUGGUAACGUCCACCUGCAAGCAGUCAGUGCUGCAGGGCUGAGGAACGUUCUCAACUUCAUUUAUUCCAACAAACUAGAGCUCUCACUACAGAAUAUCGAAGAGACCUUCAAAGCAGCAGAGACCCUGUUCAUUCGGGAAGUGAUCAAGUUGUGCUUUCAAUUUCUGGAGGGCUGCUUGAAUAGCAAGAACUGCAUGGACGUCCUCAACAUUGCUAAGCGACUCGGGCCAGAAGAGUUGAGACAGAGAGCCAUGUGCUGUGUAGGGCAGCAAUUCCAACGUAUCCUGUCUGAUCCUCAGUGCUUGAAAGAGCUGGACCAAGAGACUCUCUGUGAAGUCUUGGACAGGACCGACCCUGCGGGGUGCAGCGAGCUGGAGCUGUUCAACGCUGCCAUGAGCUGGCUGCAGCACGACCGCACAAGGCUGACGGCUGCAGCAGAAAUUUUAAGGCACAUCCGAUUCCCUCUCAUUCCUUUGCGGGAUCUGCAGAAAUACAUCCAGGACAUGCCGCUUAUGAGGCUGGAUCUAAGCUGCCGCAGGUACCUUCAGGAGGCUCUAAACUACCACUCCCAGCCGUAUGCGCAGCCCAUCCUGCAGACCCCGCACACAAGCCCCCGCUCCAGCUCCGCCGCGCUGCUCAUCGCCGGUGGCAGAACAGCCGACAACUGCGUGUGCACGGAGAUGUGGGCGGCAGAUCAGGGGUGCAGCUCCUGGCGCAAGGUUGGGGACCUCUGCGCGCCGGUCUACAACCACUGUGUGGCCGUCAUCAGCAACUUCUUCUUUGUCAUUGGGGGCCAGCAUCAGUUUGAUCCCACAGGAAAGCAACCGUCAAAUGAGGUUUUCCGAUUUGAUCCUCGCAACACUUCCUGGCUCCAGGUUGCCAGCAUGCGGGAGAGGCGAACGCGCUUCCAUGCGGACGUGCUGUCUGAGUGCAUCCUUGCUGUGGGUGGUGGGACGCUGCUGGGGAGCCUCACGUGCACCACGGAGCUGUACCAGCCAGCUGACAACAAGUGGGAGUUUGCAGCUCCCUUCCCCAUGCCGAUUGCUGAUCACGCAGGCACAGUCCACAAGGGAAUCCUCUAUGUUUCAGGGGGCUUCUCUGGAGGUAAAACCUUGCGAGAAACUUACAGCUACCUCCAUCGCCUCCGACGCUGGGUUGGUAACCGUGCCAUGACUUUCGCCCGCUGUGAUCACGGGAUGGCUACCACUGGAGACAGGAUCUUCUGCAUUGGAGGAAGGACCUUAAAUGGAGUGGAGGAAUGGAUUCACGUCAAUGAGACAGAAUAUUAUUGUCCAGCAAGCGAUCAGUGGACAACACUACUGAUAUCGCCGUUCAGCUGCUGCCAGUUCAGCAUCACAGCCCACGAGUCUACACUCUACCUUGUGGGAGGUGGGUCAUUGCAGCGCAUGCAGAAGGAAGACAGUGUUUUCUUGUAUAACACUGUUGGGAGGGUAUGGAAGAAAGCCACCUCCCUGCCUAAAGCUCUGGUUGACCACGCCUCUUGCAUGAUUAAACUGCCCCAAGUGAACGAAGUCGAUAAGGACAGGAGAGGCACGAAGUGCUCACCCGCUGGCAGGAGGAGGAAGUCUACUCUCAGCUUGUUCAUCACAAACAAACAAGAGUCCCACUCUGCUUCCAAGAAGUAGGAUAUGCAUAUGUGAAGUGGCCCUGACAGUGUUUGCCAAGCCCUCUUAAGUAUUUUAAGAGCUCUUAAG